CCAGUGGAGGCGUUGACCGUGGAUAAGUCGUACAUCUUCGCGGUGGCGGCGAAGAAUUCGGUUGGGCAGUCGGACUUUGUUGAAACUCCUCGUGUUCGUGCCAGUUUGCCUUUUGGUGUUCCUUCGUGCCCUUCGAAUGUCAUUGCGAAGCUAGUUCCUGAACGUGGUAUUUCUGUAGAUCAGUCUGUGAUUUUGUCCUGGGACUACUUCGUAGUCCCUAAUUCUACUAAGGAACCGAAUCCGGAAUUCCUGGUGGAAAUGAAACAGGUUGAUUCUGAUCGAUGGUUGUCUGUUCCUUCGGGUGUUCCGUUAUUGGAUACCAGCAUGGAUGUCCCAUUGGAGAUGAUUGAAGAAGGCAAAAGCUAUGAAUUUCGUGUUGCUGCAAGGAAUAAGGCUGGCACUAGCCGUUUUUCUGAACCUUCACCCUCCCUCCAUAAGCCUAUUGACGUGACUUUCACGAAGGAACUGACUGAUAUUCACCUUGAAGUGCUUCCUAACAAUGUUGUCUUUGAAUGUGAGGUCUCAAAACCCGGAAUGAACCUUCUUUGGUUCAAGGAUGGCGACGAGAUCAAGCCAAACUACAGAUGUGUCUAUGAAGUUGUUGGUGAUGGUCCUCUCUGUAAUAUGGUUCAACGUUUGACGCUGCUAAAUGUCGGACCCGGUGACCAAGGAGUCUUUACCGCGCAGUUAAUGAAUGGAUUGACCACCACUGCGCGACUGACGAUUCAUAGUCCACCGAAGAUCAACUAUGAGGGCAAGAAAUUGAUUUCUCUCACUGCUGGUAAGAGUGCCGUCAUCGAGGUCCCUUUUGCGGGUGCUUCCACACCCCAAGUCAACUGGUCUUUUAAUGGUGGAAAUUUGCCCCUUGGAAAGGCUACUACCGAGCCGAUGGCUUCAACUGAGACCGUAUAUGGACUCACAUCCCUGCGACUACGUCGUGUCGAUCGUUCAGCUGAAGGUCAUUAUCUCGUUCAGGUGAGUAACGAACUUGGGAAAGCCAAACUGGAAUUAGAAGUCCGUGUGAUGGACGUUCCACAACCCGUUGAAAAUCUUUCCGCUGAAAUGGUAAAAGGCGAGCCAACGUCUGCUAAGGUCACUUGGGAACCUCCGAAGAAGGACGGAGGAAUGCCAAUCACUGACUACAUCCUUGAGAAACGCAAAGGUUCCAAAAGAACAUGGACGCCUGUUGGUAGCCCUUCUCUGGAAACUAUCAGAAAGGUCACUGAUCUGAAACCUGGAAAGACUUAUUUUUUCCGUGUCGUGGCACAAAAUUCCAACGGUUGGUCAGAACCCGCGGAAACAAAUAUUCCACUUCGUGUUGAAGCUGUAUCUAAGCCUCCAAGUACCCCCAAUCAACCCAAAGUAGAAGACAUCACCUCAACUUCAUGCAGGGUCACAAUUGAACCACCAGCAUCCGAUGGCGGGGUACCAAUCACAUUCUACCAUUUAGAGAAAAGAUCCAAUCAAAGAGGGAAUUGGGUUCGUGCAGUCAAGGACAAAAUUCCUGUAAUCAAGCCAAGCGAGCCCCACACAAUUUCUAUAACAGACCUCGUUGCUGAUAACGUGUACGAAUUCCGUGUCGCUGCGGAAAACGCGGACUAUUUGACUAGCGAGUUCUCCCCUCCAAGCUCUCGCAUUUCGACAAAACCACCAUUCAGUAUUCCCGGUCGUCCUUCGAGACCCGAGUUAGUGAUCGCGACGGAAAAUAGUGCUACAAUCAGCUGGAGUCCUCCAUAUGACAAUGGGGGUGACGAAAUUAAACGAUAUGUAGUACAAUAUAAAACCACGGAUGGAACCUACUGGGCAACCUGUGACGAAGAACCUAUCGAUUGUCAGCUGUCCAUAACCAAGCUUCAACCUGAUUCUGAGUACGAGUUUCGUGUGGCCGCGAUCAAUUCUGCAGGCACUAGCGAUUUCUCUCAUCCCUCUCUACCAUACACAUUGGAGCAGGUUGUCGAAUCAUCAAAGCCUACUGUUUCCCGUCCCCUGGAUAAUAUAACUGUCCUCGUCAACACUCCGAUUGAACUCGAGUGCGAUUUUCUACUCGGAGAACCCAAAGCCACCAUCUCGUGGCUUAAGGACAAUAAACCGGUUCAAAAAUUCACCACCAGUUCACCAACCGACCGUCAUGCGACUCUGAGGACAAAUCGGGCUCAGUUGGAAGACGCAGGUGUUUUUACCUGUAAGGCAGAAAAUUCAUCCGGAUCCAGACCUCUGAUCAAACUGGAACAUCCCCGCGGUUCCUCUGAGAAAGUUACUGGUCGCAUCUCUGAUGGGCAACUGAGCGGAUUUGUCCAAGGUCGUCUCGUUGUGGAGGCUGUCUGUGAGGCAGUUCCUGGUUGCGAGGAGUUUGCGUGGUUCCAAAAUGGACAGCCUCUAGAAGAGACACCUCGUCGGUCAAUUGAGCGCAUUCAGUGUGUCGUUCAUCCCAAGGAAAGACCUACAAGUCCCAUUCGAACGCGUGAACGCCUAAUUAUUAAUCAACUCGAACAAUCCGACACUGGAGUCUAUCGUGUUGAAGCCAAGAAUAACGCUGGUCGCGCAGACACCACAUUGACUCUUGUUGUUACUGAUAGACCACAGCCGCCAGCUUCAGUUAACGUCAUCAAAACACGAGAUAGCGACUCCUGUUUCAUUCAGUGGCAACGUCCGCUUUCAGACGGAGGGUCGAAACUCACACAAUACGUCGUUGAAAGCCUCAUUGUAGCCACGGAUAAGACCGAUGGUUCCCCUAUUUUGGAUGGGAAUUGGACAACGAUUGGGAAGACUUCACCAUCUGAACUUGAAUUCAAGGCUCGCAACCUCAAACCAGGCGUGCUUUACGCCUUCCGCGUUUCGGCCGAAAAUGAGGUCGGUCGCAGUGACCCAACUGAAAUAGAUUCGCCGAUUGUGCUUCAAAGCGAUCUCCAAACUCCAGCUCAACCCACCAAUGUUACGGCCACAAGAAUUGGUGCUCGUGAGGCCACUGUAAAAUGGCAAGCUCCAGAGUCUUUUGAAAAGAGUGAAUUAAUCGACUACGUCAUUGAAAUGAGAGAAUCACCAGAUAUCGAAAGCAGCCCUCCAAACCGCUGGACUCGAAUCGGACGCUCAACCGUGCGAGAUGACACCGAAUUCCAUUUAGUUGAUCUCAACCCCAGCAUGGACAUUCAAUUCCGCGUCCUCGCUCGCAACCAUGUUGGGUUGAGUGAACCGUCAGAACCUACCAACUGGCUGCGUAAACCGAAAGACGGAGCUCUAUUGUUAAUUUUAAUCACGGUAGGAAGCCGUGGGAAGACUUUACCAACUGGGCUUGAUAAAGUCGAUGCCGGGUCCAAAGAUGUCACUGACGCCGCACCAGGAGACAAACGGCCGAAGGACAUUGUGGAACAACUACGUGAAUUCAUGGAAGCCAUUAAACCAAAAACCCCUGUAACAAGUGAAUUGGAGUCGGAGGCUGAAAUUCCACUUAGUCGCGAAGUUUCACGUCGUUGCGUCGUUGAACAAUUCGGUGACUUUUACUACGUCAAUUUAAAGAAUUUGGCCCUCACUGACACUGGCCGUUACCAGAUUAAGGCAACAAACGUGGCCGGAAGCACCCACACGCCGUUUGAGCUUGUUGUCACCGCUCCACCACAAACACCUCAAGGUCCAUUGGAAAUUCAGGAAAUCAAACCUGCUAAAGGUCCCUACGAUGGAAGUUCCGUAGAAGUUCGUUGGAAGGUUCCUUCUCUCCGUGAAGGCGAAACCCUAGAAACAGCUGUCACUGGAUAUGUACUUGAAAGAAAGGAUGGAAAAAGGAAAGAUUUUGGACGCCCAAUUAGCAUUGAUGGGCCAAAUAAUUGCAAGGCUGUCAUUGAAAACCUUCAGCCAGGCAUUGAGUACGGUUUUAAGGUGUGCGCUGUCAACGCUGCUGGUGUGAGCGAACCUCUUUACUCUGGUCCCAUUGCCGUUAAGAGUCCAUUUGACGUUCCUGGUACAUGUCAAGGGCCGUUUGAAUGCACGGAAAAGUCUUUAACUUCACUGAAACUCAAUUGGAAACCACCAAAGGAGGAUGGUGGUCUUCCAGUAAAGAUGUAUCAUCUUGAAAUACUUGAAGUGGGUUCUCGGGAUGGUUGGCAGCCUCUAGCCACCGUAAUGGCACCUACGAACAGUUACUAUGUAAAUAAUCUUCGUGAGGGCAUCGCCUACCGAUUCCGUGUUCGCGCAGUCAACGAUCAAGGUAGUGGCGAAUGGCUAAACACAGAUACAUCUAUUUCCCUUAAUCGUCCUAUUGGGCCUCCGUCUGAGCCAGAAAUGCCUCUGCGGGUGGUACCUGUAGAUAACACUUCCGCUCUUCUGUCGUGGAGACCACCGUUUGACGAUGGCGGGUCACCAAUAUCAACGUAUAUCGUUGAAUCUAACCAUGGAAAAACCGACGAAUGGGAAGAAUUAUCUGCAACAAAGGCUACCUCUUUCGAUGUAACGCGCUUGCUUCCAGAUGACACGUAUACUUUUCGCGUGUCUGCUCGCAAUGAAGCUGGCAAAACCGGGAAACCAAUUUACUCAGUACCUUACAAACCAAGCUCACCGCCAACUGCACCAGGCAAACCAACGCUGCCAUUUGUUUCACAUCCUCUUGAAUCGGGACAGAUGGUUCUGGACUGGGGUCCGUCUCCAGUGGGAGGUGCUUCAGGUUAUGGAUUGCCAACAGAGCAUCGCGUGGAACGUUGGGAGCCCGUCAAAGACCGAUGGGUCUACGUUGCUAGGAAACCGGCGGCUGAAGGCACAACGGUUCUUGUCACUGGUUUAAAACCAGGAGAGAGUUACAGAUUCCGGGUGUUUGCUGAAAACGCAUCAGGAACGAGUGAACCAUUGGAAAUGGAUAAGCCUGUACUUGCAGUCAGCCCCUACAGUCCUCCCUCGGCUCCAAUCGGGCCAAUGCAUAUUUCUGAAGUGCAGAAAGGUGAAUCUGUAGCUGACGGUUCUGCCCGCUUGUCAUGGCAAGAGCCGAUCGAUAACGGUGGCCUUCCUUUGACUGGGUAUAUUGUCCAAUUGCGUUAUGCCAACACCGCAGCAUGGCAUAAUGUUGUACAGUUGCACGAGCCUUUAACUGACGAAGACGUAGAUACUAUUCUCCCGACAACUACCCCCGUAACAGGACUCAAACGCUCAAGUGGCUACUAUUUCCGUGUUGCCGCCAUUAACCGAUCUGGGACGGGACCCUUCCUGGAAUCUGAGCUUUUUGAAAUGCCCGAAGAUGAAAGUUGUAGACCAAAAGCUGAAUGGAUCCGUGUGGUUGGCAAAGGAGCAGAUAGUGUGACCGUGGAAUGGCUUGUUCCUCACGAUUGCAGAAAAGACCAUGGUCCAAACAGGCCUCACCACCUGGCCUUGGAUGGAUUCCGAGUAUAUGUCAAAGAUGCAGGAAACCCAAGAGCUGAAUGGAAACCCGUUACUGAUCUGGAUCACUACAUGAAUCGCCUAGUGGUUGGCGGACUCAACCCCGACAAAAGCUACUACUUUGGUGUUGCUACUCUCAACCAAUUAGGACCUGGUGAGAUUGUUUCAACUACGGAACCUGUGUCACCGGAAGCCGUCACCACUGUACCCGGACAGCCAGUUGGCCCCCUUACGGUAUCUGACAUCACACAAGAUAGCUGUGUCUUGAGUUGGAAGGCACCAUACAGCGAUGGAGGCACACCAAUCAGUGGGUAUACAAUCUUCAAACGCGAGAUGUUCCGUAGGAGUAACCAGGAAGUCGGGCGCCUCCCUGUUGUACCUGGGAGCCUUCAACGGGAUUUCAAGUUCAAAGUCCCUUAUCUGAUGGUGGGCACCUCCUACGAAUUUCAAGUUGUGGCUGAGAACAAAAAUGGAUUCUCGGAACCACUAGUUACUGCUGUUGAUGUGCAUCCCCGCAAAAUGACCGAACCGCCUGGAGCGCCCAGAGGACCGCUUUACGUUCGUGACCAUGACAUCGGCCAGGUGGAAUUGGCAUGGGCGCCGCCAGCUAACACAGGCGGUCUUCCCAUUAAAGGCUACAAACUUGAGAUGCGUGAAGGUCGGAGCUUUACUUGGAGAACUUAUCCUAAUGAAGAAAGCAUAGUCGCAAAUAGCCCAGACGAAUUAGCUAACCCAUCGGUGGUGGUUUCCGGCGUUAAACCGAAUAAGGAGUACUUCUUCCGGAUCUCUGCACUCAAUGACGAUGGCUGUGGUCCUCCUCUCGCCGCCACUGACAGCUACGUCAAGAGGGUGUGUCUAGAGCCGCCCAAACGCGUCUCAGCUAAACCGUCUUCACCCUCAGAAACCGGCCAAUAUAAAAUUGAGGUCUCUUGGGUCUCACCCAAUGUACCAACUUUGAACGGCUUCACCGUUGAAAUGAUGGAUACUGAAGCUAUCCAACCAGAAUGGGUACCAAUGGACUUCAUUCAGAAAAUGCCAAAUGAAAGAGACAGCUCUGCCUACACAUACAGGGCAACAGUGCCUCGACCCAAAGCUGUCUAUAAGUUCCGGGUCAAUGCAACAUACCCAGAAGGGAAAAGUGAGUGGGUCACCACUGAUUAUGUUCUUGCAUCCGAAGCGACAAGUGAACCCCAUGUACUCCCGCCGAUUUCCGAGGCCACGUUUGUUCCGUCUGGCGAGACCCCUGGUGGUAGGAUCCCAGCAACACUACGCUGGAAGCCACCUAAGAGUGGGAAUGUUGAAUCGAUACGUGGUUAUUCUGUUGAAAGUUGGGAUACCAGGCACCGCUUGUGGAAGCCAGUUGCUCAUGUUCCAAGAGAAGCUCCGCAGGAAUUGACCUUCGAAUUACCUCCGACUCCAUCAACUCCUUUAAUGCGUAUUACUACGAUGGGCGAUGCAACUCGAUCCAUUCCAUUUGAAGUGCCCCUUGAGCGAGCAAAGCAUAUAGAAAAGACUGGAGAAAUUCCACGAGAUUGGAAGCCCCUGCCAUCGGUAACUGGACCAUUUAGAACAGAAUAUGACGCCGAUGAAGAACUUUCAAUGAUACGAACUGGUGCUGCAACGCCUUUGGUAUCGGACUUCAUUAUCCAAAGGAGACAAGCUGCUCUAGGUAUGGUUCGCCGAUCAGCCGUAACGCCUAGAUCAGCUGGACUUGACACUGCACCACUUGAAAGGUUCUUUGCCGAAACGCCUGUUAUUGAACCACUCGACUUGCGUCCAGUUUCAUCGACACCUCGUCCUCUCGAUCACCUACUAGUAACCGAUGUUGGUAAGACCACGGCUACAAUGGAAUGGCCAGAAAGGGACGGUCAGAGUGGUUUUACCGUGGAACGCUGGCGUCCAACCAGUGGUCGGUGGACACAAAUGGCUGAAUUGCCGCCAGAUAAAACGAAUUACGUGUUGCCGUUGUCCGAAAUUCCACAAACUCCAAUUCCUGGUGAGGUGAUACCUCGCGACGUUUGGGUCCGCGUUGUUCCACGUGAUGAUCAAGGGAAACCAGUGGCCCCACCAUUUCAGUUAGAAAAACCUAUCACUAUUCCUGGUGGGGAAUUCGUUCCUUCCUCAGUUUGGGGUGUUGAUAUCUCAAAUGUUGGUGGCGUUUCAACACCUGGACGACCAAUUGAUGUUUCAUGGUGCCCUCCAAGCUAUACUGGUGGGUCACCUCUAACUGGUUAUAAACUCCGGAUCUUCGAUGCGGAUACAGACGAGCAAAAGACAGUCUUUAUUGGACCUAAGACGACAACUCACCGCAUCGAAGGGCUUCAUCCUCAUCACGAGUACAGAAUUUCGAUCACAGCAGUUAAUCGUGUUGGUGAGUCUCUGCCAGUUACUUCCACCGUCCCUAAACCGCACAAACCCGGGGCUCAAAUUCAUCGUCCUCCAGCCCCAACGUCAAUCGAGUUCACGCCUGUUCAAGGUACUCCUCACGAAGGAUCAUGUAUUCUCUCGUGGAGACCUGGUUCAAGAGCUGAGGCUGAUUCAUAUUUAGUUGAAAAAUGGGACUCUCGCAGUAAACAGUGGGUGCCCUUCAAAAAGGUUGGAGCAAACGUGACCGAAAUCACUAUCCCGCACUUACUCGACGAUGUCGUCUACACGUUCCGAGUUCGAGCUCAAAAUGAAGCCGGAUUGAGUGAACCUGGAGUUGCAAAGGAGUACUAUAGCCCUGGGAAGUCGCCUGAAGGUUUACUUUUCCCUAGCGGAAAGGCGCCCCCAGCACCACCAAGGGGACCUCUCGCUUAUGAACCACUAUCUUCACAGCAACGUCUUGCAAUCGCCACAGAACAGGCGACAAAGGUUAUGGAAUUGCGAUGGGAAGAGCCCGUUGUAACAGACCGUUUCUCGACCCCACGAAAUUAUGUUCUCGAGGCCAGACGAAAAGAACAUCAAAAAUGGGCUGUAGUGGGCCGUAGACCGAUUCCCGAGGGCAGUCGGUGGAAAGUGACCUUUGGCUCGCCCCCACCAACAUCAAUGCUUCUGCCAGAUAUUGACUUAAGCCUUCCUAUUUUACCAUUUAAGUCUCUGUCGGGAAGCACAACGAGCUGGCUACCUGGUGAACCAAAGGACUACGAGUACCGUCUUUCGUCUGAAAAUGAGUACGGGCUGAGUGAGCCGAUAUAUUUGAGACCAUCCACAAUGACACCGCUGUCUCGACCAUACUCUCCAGUUAGACCGCUUGCCCCUGAACCACCUCGUGGGCCAAUUUCAGUCACUCGUGUUUUCCCACGACCAUUCAGCCAACAGGAAAUUGAAGGUCCUGAUGUGCGGCUCGGAUUACGGCCUCCAAACGACAUUUGUGUAUCUUGGAAGCCACCCUCAUCAUCUCACAGCAUACGAGGUUAUGAUAUUGCCUAUCGUGAACCUUUCCGCACUAACUGGACUCAUUUAGGCACCGUAGAUGUCAAUACAACAAGCUUUGUUAUCCCAAGGGCAAUGCUCAGGGGCUUGCCCGAAACUCUACAUCUUGGAAUCUCGUCUAUCGGUGAUGCUCGCAACCUCACAACACCGCUCCUGUCUCCACGGCUUGAGGACACCAUUUUGGUCCCGAAACCUACCGAAGAGGAAGUUCUUCCACGUAGGGAGCUCUUAACACCUAUCACCACUGCUCGUGUUAGUGCUCGAAUUACUGAAAGACAGCCACCACAAAAAGCCACCAAUGAAGUGGAGCUCUCGUGGGUGUUUCCAGAACCAAAACGUCAACCUAAACGUCCGGAGGGAUAUAUCGCAUUCUAUCGUGAACUUGGUAGUCAACAGUGGCAAGAAAUCGACCGUUUUCCUGCGGCCCGUCCGAAAGAUUCGGUUGUCCUUCGUGAGCUGCCUUAUGAUGUCACAAUGUUUGUUGGUGUUGCACCUGUCACUUCUGGUCGAAUUGGACAAAUUGUUAGUGCACCAGACACCAUUAGGCUUCCAAGUCAUCAGCCUUCAAGAGUAUCUGCUCCCGUUUUCGAACGAACACCACUUCAGAUUAGACCAACUUCACCAGGAGGCGUCGAAGUUUCAUGGGUUCCACCCACGACAAUUGGUGAAAUGCUUGCCUUGGCCCCCCAAACGACGCCAGAAUAUGAACUUCAAGUAAGACAUCCAGGGGAAAUGACCUGGCGUCCUGCUGGCAAACUGGAACCUCUCGAAUCCUUGAAAAGAUAUCCGGUUUCUGAACGGCCAGUCACCUUUACUCUUCACGAUCUUCACCCAGGUGAUAGACUUGAAUUGCGCCUUCUUGCUUACCCAACUCCUGCGAAGAAGCCUGUUCCGGUCUCUGUCGAACAGACAUACAAAUUCGUUCCGCCUUAUGAUAUACCUGCAGCUCCUAAAGGUCCGCUAAUUGUGGAACGAAUUCCGGUCUUACCAUCGAGACUUUCAGCUCUGUCGCCACAAAGAAAACCAGCGGGUGACUUUGACGAGCUUCUUUACCGUUUAUCAACAAUUCCGAUUGCUCCCCAAACACGGGGUAGUCGUGAAACCCCCAUCGAUACCGUGAGUUUGAAAUGGUGUGUCCCUGAAGACACAGGCAAUCUUCCGCUCACACACUAUCUCAUUGAAAAGCGGUCAUAUGGUCGCCGUGGUCUUCCACCUACAUGGGUCCCGGUAAUGACAGUUCCAGCCGACCAGACAUCAGCGCAUAUUCUGCCUGACACUCGAAGGUCCGACACAGAGCCAGCGUUUUAUCGCGUGCGGGCUGUAAAUGACAUGGGACCCGGACUUCCACUAGAAACUAUUGAGCCAAUAACGCAUAGGGGAGCCCCCACAGUUACAAGGGAACCAGUCCAAAGGCUUCCAGAGGCACCACGGGGUCCACUGAGAGCCGAGAUCCUCCCCGACUCCAGAGUAAGUUUGAGCUGGAAAGCACCGCUUUAUUGGCCUGAUAACGGUCCCAGCAGGCGCGAAGGUUCUGUGACUCCAGCUUACCCACGGAAAUACAUUAUUGAGGCAACCUUGGCAGAUGACUCCACUGCGCCUUGGCUUGAGGUAGGAGAAGCUCCGGGCUCAACCACCGCCACGACGGUUCGCUUGCCCUCAGUCAACCUAUUCUUCCCUGGUGGAAACGUGGAGGCGGGCAUGUCGCGACCAAUAUUGCUUCGCGUGAGAGCAGAGAACGAGUAUGGUCACAGUGCUCCACUAACAACACGUGUGAUGCCCGGAAUCUAUUCACUAGCAACCUUAUCAAAACUUCCCAAAUUACCAGAUGCACCUGUUUUGGCAAGACUACGUAGACCUCAAGAUACUUUUGAGGAAAGCAGUCCACCGUCACUCGAGCUAGAAUGGGUCCCGUUUGUACCACCUGCCAUAACCCCAAUAAGUCAUAGGAGACGUCAACCCGAGGAUUAUAGUUACCUUGUUGAAUACCGUCCUGCUGGUGACGUCGGAUGGAGGCAUCUUACCACACUGCCGCUUGGCCAUGAGCGCUACACAUUCAAUCCACCAGCACCACUGUUUCACGAUCUCGAUCAUCCAAAAUCCGAAGCAUAUCAAUUCCGGGUAGGUGUUCGAGGACCAGUGGGAGUUGGAGAAUUUCGAGAUUCCAACGUUGUUUCUUGGACUUACCGUCGUCGUCCAUCUGGGCCUGUAUCGCCGUCGGAUGUGAGUGUAUUCUCACCUCAAGCCCCACUUGAUCCGCAAUUGGUUCGUGCUAGAACCGACACUCCGAAGGAACCCUACAUGUCUCCCACAGGAAGCAUCACGUUAAAAUGGAGGAUUCCGGCCCGAAAUGAUCUCACCACACCACUAAGCUAUGUUGUGGAACGGUGGUAUCCUGAGACUAGGACGUGGCGCACUCUGGGUCAUAAACUUGAGGAAUUGGGUCGCGGAGUAUAUGAGGCAACAGUCCAUAACUUACCUGUCGACGAACCACACUUUGUUCGUGUGUCUGUCAGCGGACAUUUAGGAACAAGUGAGCCAUCAACCUUACCUUAUCCCAUCUGGAUACCGAAUUCUUCUGCUUCUACUCAACCCGAACCACCAAAGCAACUGGAAGUUUCACAAAUUCUGCGUGACCGUCCUGGAUUCCUGCUGGCGUGGACACCUCCCGAGGUCCCGAUCGCAAAACGUAACCAUAGCAUUCCAACUCUUCCAGUUGGUUAUGUGAUUGAGUAUCGAUCAGAGGGAGGCAACUGGAAACUCCUGGCUGAUCUACCAGCUUGGCAGACCUCUUUGGAGACAACAAAGGUUGAGCCGGGAAAAUCUUAUGAGUUUAGAAUCAUGUCGAAGGGACAGUUGGGACCGCAGCCAGCCAGAAUUCGACGCACCUCACUCUACUCUGAAACUCCGUCCACUGUCUUAAGUAGGCCAACUGCUUCUGUACCCCACAUCCUUCCCAAGCAAUCAGUUCCUGUGCCCAGCAUUCGUGGUUUAUUGGAUGUCGCACCAACAAGAGAAGGUGUCCAGCUUUCUUGGGAACCACCGGCACAAUUGCCUUCGGGUUAUAUCAUCGAGCUGAAUUCCUUGGAUGAUCAUUCUCAUCGCUGGCGAGAAAUCUCGCGAAUUCCCUCGACCUCUCGCGGACUGCCAGUAUCCAGUUUCCUAGUCCGUCACUUAAAGGCUGAUAAGUCUUAUCGCUUCAGGAUGAUCCCUUAUCAAGAUGAUGUCUUCGGACGGCCUGUAGAAAGCCUUUUGCCUUGUCGACUGCCACCUACGGAUGACUUGGAGCUUGCCCUGAAGCAGCCACCUAGGGCUAUUCCACCACCUGAAGGACCACUAACAAUUGAGGAACUUCCCAGUGGUAAAUUCCGAUUGUGCUGGAAUCCUCCAAUUUUGGAUUCCAGAUCGCCCCUACCAGGUCCUGUCAUGUACAUUAUUGAACGACGCAUUCCAGGGCGUCGUCAGUGGGUUGAGAUUAGUCGAACGCCGAAGUUGUGCCACACUGUCGAUGUUGACACGACUUCUAAAUUCCGUGUCAAGGCCGUUGUAUCCGAGGCUGCAAGUUUGCUCCGUGGAGCUGCUUACCUCAUUGGAAGUGACGAUGGUCCAGAGUCCGAAUGGAUUCGUUUUGACGAGCGCGUCGCUGAGUCAACAAACGUUAUCUCACCAAGGCGUUCCCCAGAAGCUCCUGCUUACACUGCACCAGAAAUCCCGAUUCCAGAUCGCUUUUUCACCCGCCACAUUGGCCCUUCUUCCGUACUCUUGGAAUGGGAUUACAACAAGUUACCGGAUCACCCAGCUGGCUACUUGUAUCUUGAACAGCGUCUCAUUCCAGAUUCUCAGCAAAGCCUCGUUCAACCCUUAUGGGAACCGAUUGCUCGCAUCCCCGUCUCGAAAUUAAGGACCACUUAUGAAGUGACUGAUCUCCUGCCUGGACGUUCUUAUGCCUUCCGGCUUAUAGACAAAUUCGGUGCUGAGAGAACAUCAAUGAUAACACGCGAAAUUUCCCUCUCUCAACCUAUUAGAACACGCGGAGGAGAGCUACGUGGUGCCAGCCUACCGAAAGACACAGAAUACCUCAUGGUUCCACGGAACUUUUCGGCUACUUUUAAUCCGAUUCCACCAGGGGGACUCCGGUUCACUUGGCUUCCUCCAGAAAGCCUCGAAACUCAAACAAACAAAGUUCGGUACAGAAUUGAAGCCCGAUCAGUGUAUGAUAGCAACAAUGCAUGGAGGUUGGUGGCGAAGGACCUAAGAGAUACAGAAUACACUCUGGAAUCCAGUAAAUUGGAGACCCUACUUGUCCCUUGCGGUCCGAGUGAGAAAAUAAUCAAAGGUGCCUCUGCAGAUUGGCAUUUCCGAAUUAUCGCAACCAUGGGAGGAGUCGACAGUCACCCGAAGUUGCUAUCAAGUCCCAUUUCUUUAGCAGAAAAAAGUCGACGCAAGAAAUUGUGUUUCGUCAACGUGGGGCCCAGUCGUGAUAUUAAAUGCGUUCCCGGUCAGACACUGGUCAUAACUUUUGAAGUUGAUGGCUCGCCUAAACCAUCAGUUUCAUGGUUCUUGAAUGGCCUCGAAAUUUAUCCCGAAAUUGACUCAAACUACAUGAUUUUCGCGAAACCUUCUGGUGUGUAUGAACUUCGCAUAAACAGCAUUGACUACGUUCAUGAGGGGACAAUAACUUGCCGACUUCGAAACCUCUAUGAAGAGGUGGAGCAAUCCUGGCGCAUACAUAUUGAGACCCCUGCACGAUUCAGCCGGACCGUCUUUCUGGCUGGGCAGAGUGAUCAUCACGUAGUUAGCGGUGGAAAUUGGGAUGUACGCCUCCCACUUGAUCUUCCGUACUACGUAACUGAUAGACCACGUUGGGUAAAUCAAGCCUGGGUUGAAUGUGUCUGGAAGCCACGGCGUAGUUCUCCGGGUGUAUUUCCUCCCGCGGAGCGUCGAGCAGAGGUCAGAGUCUCAGAGUGUGGUCGGUGGCUGACACUUGACAUGCCGAAUGUGCGCAUUCAGGACGAAGGUCUCUAUCGUAUAUGGGUAGAGAAUGAAGCCGGCCGUGACUAUUUUGACCUUCGACUUCAUGUCGAUGAUAAGCCGAGGGCCAAACUUCAACCACCUCAGGUCUACCCUCAAGGCCACUCUCAGUUCCUCCUUACCUGGUACCCGCCAUCUUCAUCGGAAGAUACCAUCACGAGCACUGGUUACCGAAUUGAGUACAUUUCCGACAAGCAGACAGACAAAGAAGAAAACUGGAGCCUUCUUGGAACCACAGAUAUCGGUCAAACUGAGGUGCUAAUCGGGUCGCAAUUGAAAACAGGAAAUAGAUACCGAUUUAGGGUUCGUCUUCAAAAUAUGUUGGGUCUUGGUCCCGCAAGCGAACCGUCCGGAUUUGUCAGUGUGGAAGCGGUGGAAGCAGAAGAAGGGAAUCGAAUGCCCUCUCGUCAACUUUACUUCCGAGAGCCAAUUAGACUAAGCAGCCGGAAAUUUGAAGAUCGAUAUGAGAUCGUUGAAGAGCUGGCCAAAAGCCGACAUGCCUACAUCUACCGAAUCAGGGACCGAAAGAGUGGAGAACACAGAAUCGCCAAAGCCAUGAUUCUGGGUGAUCUAUCUAAUAUCCCAGUUAGUAGGUCUUACACUUCCUUAGCCGAUUUCCGUACCUCUGUCUACACGCCAACUACGCGUAUUCGCCAUGAAGCCGAUGAAGAUCGUCGAAGGCGUGCUGAAAUGGAACUCAGGCUUCUUGCUUCAACGCAUCACAAAAACAUCGCAGAACUUCGUGAUGUCUUCCUUGACACUAAGCGCUUGAUUUGGGUAAUUGACGACAUGAUUCCUGAAACUUUGUGGGAUCGCAUUCAGAGUCGCAUUAGAAUGACUGAGUCACAAGCUGCGGUCAUUAUGCAACAAAUUCUCUGUCUUCUGGAGAGUCUUCAUGCCCGUAACUUGGCUUUCCUUGGUGGCGUGGAUCCAGGUGACAUAUUUUUCACUGAUCAGACGCAUAAAAGGAUUGUCCUUGGUGGAGUUUCACAGUAUCACAGGCUCAAUGAAGAUAAACCGGUUCGGUUGACUUUCAGAUCAACUGUUUACGUUCCUCCGGAGCUAUACUCUUCCGGAUUACGCAACUUUUCAAGCACCCGGCCACAUUCUGAAAUUUCUCGAGCCACGGACGUGUGGUCCGCAGGAGCUUUGCUCUACCAAAUGUUGACUGGAGAAAGCAAUCGUCGUCCGAACAUUGAGGACCUUGAGAACCUCCAUCUCUCACCUGAGUUGAUCGACUUUUCUCGUAAACUCCUUCAUCCAGACCCAUCUCUUCGUCCCACAAUUUCAGAAGCGCUUAAGCAUCCGUGGAUAACAUCUGAGCAUCACGUGACGGAGGAAAUCGUUUCCAAAAGUGCUCGUAGGCUGGAAAUCGCCACUAAUAACGCUUACAGACGCCUACUUCGAAAGAUAGAUUGGAAUCAAGCAACCGAAGAAGGGCUUGAUUUUGUUGACGAGAUGGAACAUGAUAUUCGCAGGAGGAGAAGGAUUAUUGAAUACCGCAAAAGACGCCGCAUGAGCCUUGACGCUUAUAGCGAAGAGCGACAGUAUGGAGACGACGACACAAUUGCGAUGAAUGUAUUCCUUCGUGCACGUGGCCGUGCACCUAAAAUUGCUGUCCCAAUGAAGAACUUGGACACCUAUGAAGGUGACGAAACCACACUGAGUUGUGUCUUGGCCCCACCUGCUGAUAGGGAACGGCUAGAUCUGAGCGAUGUCACUGUAGAGUGGUCAGUCAAUGGAAAGGUUUUAGAUUUGAAGCACCCUAGUCGUCGCAUGAGCGAAAAGUACUUGGAGAAGUUUGACCGCGACACUGGAGAGGCUUCAUUACGCGUUAGGAAUUUGAGCGUUUAUGACGCUGGUACGUACGUCGCUACUUUCCGUGGAAGUUUCGGAAUCAUUUCUGAAUCAGCUAAUCUCAAAGUUAAUCGCGAAACACCAAGACGCUUGAGUUUGCGUGAAACAAACUCAGCCAUGGCUAGUCAAAUCGGUGCCAAAAUUCUUCGACCUCUUGUUGAUCACACUGUGGUAGCAGGUGAAUCUCUCAAGUUCAGGAUCAGGGUUGGAGGGAUUCCACGACCAAAAUGCACUUGGAAGCGAAACGGUCUUUCUCUAGACAAAGAUGGGACCUGUCGUAUUCAAGAAGAACCCGUUUCUAACGCGUCAAGCCACUCAAACGAAAUCGUCUGCACUCUUGAAAUCCGCAAUACAAAAUCCUCUGAUGCUGGCACAUACUCUGUCACCGUGUACAAUAAGAACGGUUCAGACACUUCCUCCGCUGUUGUUACAGUGCUACCGGAACGAACCUCUGGCUCUUCCAUGCCAAAAUUCAUCACUGGUCUCUCCAACAUCACCACUAACACAGGCGGAACCAUCACACUGGAAGCUAAUGUGCAAGGAUUCCCUGAGCCCCAGAUCCGUUGGUUCAAAGAUGGUCGCCUCCUGGUUGUCGGUGGUAGAUUUAGUACCACAGCGACAGAGGUUGACGCAACGAAUCUGCUCAUGUGUCGGCUUACCAUCACUAAUUGUCAACCAGAAGAUACAGGUGCUUAUGUGUGUGCCGCAACCAGCGCAUCCGGCACGGCCAUAUCUGAAGCUUCCGUGGUUGUUAAUUGUAAGUCUGACUGUAUUUCUAUUAGUUAUAUAUCAUUGUUACUGAUCACUAAAAGCGUCCUUUACGCAGCGAACUACGUGAACGGAACGUCCCGAGGACGUCUUGGUUCGGAAAGUAGGACGCUCGUGGCUCGGAGUCAUCCUCCAGAGUUUAUUCAACGUCUCAAGUCUCGAGAGGUUUGCAUUGGGGACUCCGUCCGUCUGUCGGCUUCUGUCACAGCUACUCCAGCCGCUAGCAUAGUCUGGGAAAAAGAUGAUAUCCCACUUGUCACGGACUCCACCAGCUCACCUUACCAAACAAAGGCAACAGCUGAACUGGGCAAGUACACUGUCAUUGCUUAUAACAGCGCUGGUGAGUCGCGCUCCUCGUGUCAUCUCGAAAAGGCCCACGAGGAUAUGUUCAAGGUGCCUAGGUUCACGCGUCAACUCGUUGACCGAUUUCUAGUCUCUGGUCAAAAAGCGAUCUUCGAAGUAAUCGCCGAGGGUCACCCAAUGCCUGAAUUCAAGUGGGAGAAAGAUGGCCUUGAUCUUCGUCCCGACUCUCAUCCACGUUAUCUCUUUGCUACUUCGACAACGUCCGGUAGAGCCACGCUAACAAUACCAAUUGUCGAGCGUGACGACGCCGGAUUGUUCUCCUGCGUUGCCCACAACCCCGUCGGACGUGACCGAUGCUCCUGCUUAAUCCACGUAGAUAGUAGUGGUGUUCAACAAAGGAAACCCGGCACGUCUACGCCCACAACUACUGAUGCAAUCAAACGACCACCACCACCACCGCAAUCCACAGUCACUCCUGGUCGAAUCGAUGUUGUGAAAAGUCUGCCGAAAGUUUUAGAAAUCGACGAAGGUGAUGAGCUAAGACUCUCCUGCGUGAUCAAGUCGGACAUUCACCUGAUUCUGUUGAAGAAUAGCCACAUUUAUCGUGACCACAAACCUCAAUUUCCUGUAGCAACCUGGACGAAGGGUGGCCGGACGCUUGCGUUCGAUGGCCGUCGCAGAAUCACACGCAACCUGAUGGGAGAAAUGUGCCUCACAAUUGACCAGGCCAUGACCACCGAUGCUGGUCGAUACACACUGAAAAUCACUCCGUCUGACGCAACUCUGGCUGAGACAAUCGAACCAAUCGUUCUGAACACGCGUGUUGACGUUAAUCCCAAAGUUCGCACCCGUGUCAGGUAUGAUACUAAUGUUGCAUUUUAUGCAUAA